AUGAUGAAGCAUGGUUAUGUGGGUGAAUUUGAAAUCACGGAUGACCACAGAGUUGGAAACAUUGCUGUGACGCUCAGUGGCAAGUUAAACAAGUGUGGAGUGAUCAGCCCCAGAUUUGACGUGCAGCUCAAAGAUACACAGCUGCCCUCCCAGGUGCAGGCCCUCAUUCCCAGCACCGGGCCCUCCUAUUUCAAGGAGCUUCGUGUUCCUCUGCUAUUCCUCUGCCUCAUCUCCCUGGGCAUUUCCACAUUUCCUGGGUUUCAUAAACUUGGGGCACAGGUUUCCAGCCCAGAUCAUUCAAUUAUUCAAGGCAAAUUCAAUGUCCAAGACUGUGAAACUUGUGAACCCAUGCAAUAUGAAAAUGGCAUGGGCCCAGACUCCGUGACGCUGGCCAGCGUCCUGCAGGUCAGGGGCGAAGCUCUGUCUGAGGAGGAAAUCUGGUCCCUGUUGUCCCUGGCUGCGGAGCGGCUGCUGGAAGACCUUCGCAAUGAUUCCUCGGACUACGUGGUCUGCCCCUGGUCAGCCCUGCUUUCUGCGGCCGGAAGCCUUUCUUUCCAAGACCACGUUUCCCACAUAGAGGCUGCUCCUUUCAAGGCCCCGGAAUUGCUGCAGGGACAGAGUGACGCUGAGAAGCCUGACGUGGCCCAGCCCCUGCAGCUGCGCGAGCCCUUGCACUCCGUCCUGCUGACCAUGUGCGAAGACCAGCCUCGCAGGCGGCGGCCGUUGCAGUCGGUCCUGGAAGUGGAGAGAACCGUCGUGGAAGAAAGCUCCUCUGUGCAGCAGAGCAGGAGCUACCUGCUCAGGAAGAGGCUGCAUCGGGCGGGCAGCGCCAGCCCAGUGGCCCGGGCCCUGGACUGCCUCCACCCUUGCACAGUUUCAGAGAGAAGCACAGACACCCAGAACUCCCCGGGGCCUCGCUCAAGCACCUCAGCACACAACCGCUGCAGCCUCUUUGUGACCAGUUCUCUUCCAGGCACAGCUCCCCACGACCUCAGGGAGGGCAGGCGGCUCAGCUUCGGAUCUGCCAUCUCCGAGGCAGCAGAAAGCUCACAACCUGCGACUCCAACUCCUUCACAAAGGAGUUUCCUGCAAAGAAAGGAAAAGUUCUCCAGGCCGGAGUUUGUCCUGCUGGCUGGAGAGGCCCCGGUGACCCUGCACCUGCCCGGAUCGGUUGUGACCAAAAAAGGGAAAUCAUACUUGGCUCUCAGGGACCUCUGCGUGGUCCUGCUGAGCGGCCAGUGUCUGGAGGUGAAGUGCGACACGGAGUCCACAGCAGGCGCUGUCUUCAACACAGUCAUGUCCUUCGCCAACCUUGGAGAGCUCAGCUACUUUGGCUUGGCGUACAUGAAAGGCACAGAGUUCUUCUUCCUGGACAAUGAGACCAGAUUGUGUAAAAUAGCCCCUGAAGGCUGGAAAGAGCAGUCCCAGAAGACUUCCGUGGGCACCUUCACACUCUUCUUGAGGAUCAAGUUCUUUGUCAGCCGCUGCGAGCUUCUCCACCACAGCUUGACCAGGCAUCAGUUCUACCUGCAGCUUCGGAAAGACAUCCUGGAGGAGAGACUGUACUGCAAUGAUGAGACCCUACUGCAGCUGGCGGUCCUCGCCUUGCAGGCCGAAUUGGGCAACUGCCCUAAGGAGGUAGAGAGUAAGGCGUAUUUUCUAGUUGAAGAUUACAUCCCAGCGAGUCUGAUCGAGAGAAUGACCGCCCUUCGGGUCCAAGCGGAAGUUGCAGAGAUGCACCGGGUCGGUUCUGCGCUCUGGGGAGAUGAAGCUGAGCUGGAGUUUCUGAGGGUCUCUCAGCAGCUACCAGAAUAUGGUGUGCUGGUUCACCGGAUUUUCCCAGAGAAGAAGCUGGACGGCGAGAUGGCCCUGGGCAUUUGUGCCAAGGGUAUUAUAGUCUAUGAAGUGAAAAACAACCUUAGGAUCGCAACUCUACGGUUUCAGUGGAGAGAAACUGGGAAGAUUUCGACCUAUCGGAAAAAGUUCACCAUCACGAGCAGCAUCACCGGAAAAAAGCACACGUUUGUCACCGAUUCCUCCAAGACCUGCAAAUAUUUACUGGGCCUCUGCUCUGCCCAGCACAGGUUUAACGCGCAGACGUGCUCCGGGCAGUCUCCCCUCGUGCUCCCUGACCAUGACACGCUUGUGCAAAUGGCCAAUGUGAGUCCUGCACACCAGGCCCGGUCCAAGCCUCUCCUUUGGAUUCAGAGACUGUCGUGCUCAGAAAACGAGUUGUUUGCAUCCAGGCUACAGGCUGCUGCAGGAGGCCCACUAAGCGUGUCACUGGAUAACUUCAGUGUGGACGCCAGCAAGGAGGCUGGAACAGAAGGAACCAGGGGCAGCUCCUGCACUGGCCAUCGGCAGCUGGAGACUCUCGGUUUGAUCCAGAAGCCAGCGAUCUGUGAGCGGCACUCUGGACCCCCUGGUGAGAGCGUGUGCCCAGGGUCACAAAACAAUAGGAGGAAGAGCUUUACAGUCGAACCAGGCCGAGAGAUUGUGUGUACGACGCUGAGCCGGGACCCGCAGCGCGGCUUUGGUUUUGUCAUUAACGAGGGAGAAGAUACGGGCCAAGCUGAUCCUGGCAUUUUUAUAUCCUCUAUUUUACCUGGGGGACCAGCAGAAAAAGCUAAGAAGAUCAAACCAGGAGGGCAAAUACUAGCGUUGAAUCACAUCAGUCUGGAGGGCUUCACGUUUGACAUGGCUGUUAAAAUGAUUCAGAAUUCUCCCGAGCGCAUCCAGUUAACCGUUUCUCAGCCAGAAGGAGUUUGCGGAAAUACGCCCCGUGAAGAGGAGAACAGCAUGGCCCAUUCUGGGGUCUGCCCAGCCGACCUGAGCAACGGGCACCGGGGAAGUUCGUCCUCACACACACAGGACCAGGACAGAAGUGCAGACGAACUAGAAGCGGCCCCAGCUCCAAGCUUACUGCCCAGGCCGGAGUCUCAGCUUUGCCCUCUGCCGUUAAGGGUUGCUGGUUUGUGUCCUCCAUCACCCUCAGAAAUCAACGCCGGGGAAAUCUACUUUGUGGAACUGGUUAAAGAAGACGGGACGCUUGGAUUCAGCGUGACCGGCGGCAUUAACACCAGUGUGCCCUACGGAGGGAUCUACGUGAAGUCCAUCGUUCCCGGAGGGCCCGCAGCCAAGGAAGGGCAGAUCCAACAAGGUGACCGGCUCCUGCAGGUGGAUGGAGUGAGUCUGCGAGGUCUCACCCACAGGCAGGCUGUGCAGUGCCUCAAGGGCCCCGGGCAGGCUGCACGACUGGUCUUACAGAGAAGAGGCCCAGGGGCGGCACAGCAGUGUCCUGCUAAUGACAGGAUGGGAGACGAACACGCAGCGGUUCCCUUGGUAACGGCCUUGCCUGGCAGGCACUCGAGCUGUGUCUCGGUGACAGAUGGUCUUACAUUUGAGGUCACGCUGAGAAAGAAUGCCGGUGGCUUGGGGUUCAGUUUCGUGCAGAUGGAGAGGGCAAGCUGCAGCCACCUCAGGAAUGAUCUCGUUAGGAUUAAGAGGCUCUUUCCGGGGCAGCCGGCCGAGGAAAAUGGGGCCAUUGCAGCUGGAGACGUCAUCCUGGCCGUGAACGGAAGGCCCACAGAAGGCCUCACCUUCCAGGAGGUGCUCCAUUUACUGCGAGGGGCCCCUCAGGAAGUCACACUCCUCCUUUGGAGGCCCCCUCCAGGUGUGCUGCCCGACUUGGAGCAGGACUGGCAGACUCCUGUCCUCUCAGCGGACAAGGAAUUCACCAGGGCGCCAUGCACUGACUUGGAGCAGAGCCCCAGCCUGGAUCAAGAGGACACCUGGAGGGACAGCAUGUCUCCAGACAUAGGGCAAGGCCUGAGCCUCAGGCCAGAGUCUUUCCAAAAGGCCAUAAGAGAGGGACAGUGGAGCCGAGACAGAGAGAGCCCUUGGGCCAGUUUCUUGACUCGUCCUCUGGAGUCCCAACCUCACUUAUGCAAACUUCACCAAGAAAUGGAGGCAUUAACUUUGGCUACCUCUUUGGAAAAGGAUGUGAGGCAAAACUGCUAUUCCGUUUGUGAUAUCAGAAAACUUGGAAGAUUUCCCUUCUCAUCCUCUCUAACCAGACUUCCGACAGAUAUUUUCUGA